CGUAUCACGAUGCUUUGGCUCCUGAAGGCCACGUGACGUCGGAUCUCAUGCUUUUCGGUUCCGUUCUUGCCACGAUACUUGUGAUUGUUGUUACCGUACAAGUGGCACUGGAGACCGCGUACUGGACGAUAAUAAAUUUCAUCACGUUAUUUGCGUCGUUACUGUGGUACUUCACCCUGACUUACGCCUAUUAUUACAUUUUCGGGUCGUCGUACAUCGGAUCGUUGAAGAAAGCUAUGGGUGAUGCGAACUUCUGGUUCACGCUGUUCCUCAUCAUAGCAAUCUUGAUUCUGCCUAUAAUUGCGAAGAGGUUCUACUUCUACGAUAUUUAUCCGACGCUUUCAGAUCGCGUUCGGCUCAAGCAGCGGGAAGCCAAACGAACCCACCAACCGCAAGAGUUUCACCGAAUCAGUUCAGCUAUCCGACGCUCGAGACGUUCCUUGCGAUCGGGCUACGCGUUCUCUCACCAGGAAGGAUUUGGUCGACUCAUCACGACGGGAAAGAUCAUGCGUCGUGGGCUUCGAGCCAAGUCGCCGACGUCACGCGACUUGGGAAAGGUGGUCAGCAACGCGAACGCCGCCCAGGGC